AUGGCAUCAACCGGCUGGUGUCAGCCUGAUGGCAUCAACCGGCUAGUGUCAUCCUGGUGGCAUCAACCUGCUGGUGUCAACCUAUCAGAUCAACCAGGGAACACGAAGCGACACUCAAUGAAUAAUGCUACGGGGGGGUCGCCGUCCCCCGUGCUGCUGGCGGUGCCGCAGCGCAUCCUCGACGCCGUCGUCUGCCGCCGCCUCUUCGGCAAAUACUUCAAGCCGUCCAUGCUGUGUGCCGGGGGCGUCAAGGGCGAGGACUCUUGUCAGGGGGACUCGGGAGGCCCCCUGUUCGUACGCACCCCCACGGGGGGACACGAAGUCGUGGGGAUCGUCAGCUUCGGGGACAACUGCGCCACAGGAGCGCCCGCCGUCUACACUAAAGUCGCCAGUUUUUUGCCGUGGGUUGAGGACAACAUUGCGGAUGGGAUGAUGUGCACCCCACCGGGAUGACGGAGGGGUGAAAAGAGAGGUCUCUGUCUCCUGAAGAGGUCUCGGAUCUACCCACCCCUUCUCUACUAUCUACUUGGCUACAACUCGAACUACCGUAGCAUUAGGAAGUAUAGAAACUGCUGCUUUAGAAGUUAGAUUAAACCUAGGUAUAUAGAUUAGCUUGAAAUGUACAAUUUAAAAUCUCGGAUCUACCCACCCCUUCUCUACUAUCUACUUAACUACAACUCGAACUACAGCAGCUGAACGAAGUAUAGAAACUGCUGCUUUAGAAGUUACAUAAAACAUAGGUUUAUAAUUUAGCUUGAAAAUGUACAAUUUAAAAUCUCGGAUCUACCUCUUCCCUAUUCUCUACUAUCUACAUACUUAGCUACAACUCGAACUACAGCAGCUUUAAGAAGUAUAGAAACUGCUGCUUUAGAAGUUACAUAAAACUUAGGUUUAUAAUUUAGCUUGAAACUGUACAAUUUAGAAGUUUAAAGACGUGCUUGGUUUGCUGGACAUGGGCUGUUGUUUGGGUGAUGAAUGGGUCAUGAAGUAACUUCGGUGUGUUACUAGCUUGCGGGCGGAGAAGGUUUGAGUUUUCAUUUAAGAACUUAUUUAUAUAUAGUUUAUAGUUUUUAUAUUAUAAUUAAUUGAAAUUUAGGUUAAUUGGUAACAUAGGUCAAUUGAAUGAUGUAAUAUUUACGAUAAUGAUUAAAUGCACGUUUAGCUUAUUAUUAAAUUGAUUAUUAGAGUUCGCCUAAUUUUUAGCACUUCGGAAUGAUUAAAAACUUACCGAGAAAACGUGAACUGAAAUCUGCGAAGGGAAUUUUGUUAAUCAAAAUUCUUUUGGAGAAAAUUUAUGACUGUUAUUGAAGGAGGUGGAAUGGGAAAUUAUUAGGUGAACCUAAGCAGUAAUGUAAUUAUGAUAACUAACUAAUAAUAAAUAGGCGAUUGUAUCAUCAAAAAUUUCGACGAUUAUUUUAUUGGGCGUGGAGACGUGUGACUGGAUGAAGAUCAGCGCCAAUACACGAGAGUCAAAAAUCCUCAUCAUUAACACUGAAGAAUCACCAAAUGUGCGUUCAAUGAAACAAUAGUCUUCAUAGAACCUUCCUUACAGUAUGUUAUACACACAAGCUCGAUUCUCACGUAUUGGUUCGGUCGAGGUAUGAGAGUCUUCGUUCAACUUUAUCCAAUCAUCCGUCUUCUGCGUUUUGAAUGAUUGGACUUAUUGGUUAAGAUGAGGCGCGUCACCGAAUGAUUGGACGCUUUCCAGUAGCCGGGCGUACGCAAUUCAUUUGAUUUGUGCGGUUAAUGAGCGCUAAUAUAUAAA